CUUACAAAAAUAACCUUCAUCAUGCUAUUUCCAGAACUCUAAUCAUUAGAUGAUUUCGAAUUUAUUAAUAAUCUUGGAUCAGGAUAUUCUUCAAGGUAAUUCGUUAAUUCUAUUAUAAUAGUGUUGAUCUAUAUAGACACAUAUAAAGCAAUAAAAAAGUAGCCAUCAAAAAAUUAUCAAUUAAAAAUUUAUCUUAAUCCGAAUGUAGAAAAACUUAUGACACUGAAAUAACUAUUCUAACAAAAUUGAAGGGUUGUUAAAAUGUAGUUGAACUAAUUGGUUUUGGAUUCUACACUACAAUUGAUAAUAAUCCUAGAAGAGCUAGAACUUUAAAUAAUUAUUUCCUAAUUUUAGAAUACAUUGAUGCAUAACCAUUGGAUAAAAAUAGUGAAAGAAUUACUAAAUAAUUCUACUACAAACUUUUACAAAGUAUUAUAUAUCAAUAUAUUGUAGCUGUUUAAAAGGUUCAUGAAUUAGGUGUAGUUCAUAGAGAUCUAAAUCUCAAUAAUGUACUAGUUUAAAAUAAUGAACCAAUACUUAUUGACUUUGCCUUUGGUGCAGUUACAAAUGGUAAAUAGAAAUUCGCUGAAUUUUAUGGAACUAAACCUUAUGUAGCUCCAGAGAUUGUUGAUGGAUAAUCUUAUUUACCAUACCCUACUGAAGUAUAUAGUUUAGGUGUUAUUUUAUUGGAAUUAAUAAAUAACAACGAAACUUAAGAAAUUGCAGCUUAAAUGAUGCAAUAGAAUCCAUAUAAACGACCUAAUUUAGAAGAUAUUAUUGCACAUCCUUGGUUUAAUUUGUGAUUUUACUUAGUUAUUUGUAUUUCUCUAAAAUCAAUUUUUAAUCAUUUCCCU